AUGGAUAGUGGAAAGAUCACAACAUCUACUCAAGAAUCAUCGAAAGAAACAAAACAAAACGUGGUUAUUGUUAUAAUCGAUCAAGAUGGCAACAAACAAUUGUUAACUGAAUGUUUUGAAUCAUUGCAGAAGGAAUUAUGUGGUCAACACCAUAUGGAACGAUGUGCGUCAUUUGACAUUGCAUUCGAUUACAUCAAACAACUCAAUGAAAAUUCAAUUGUUAUUCUCAUCAUUGUUGGACGUUCGUAUGAGAAACUUCAAGAUGCCAUGUCAAAGAUCGAUUCACUGCCAGGAACAGUACGCAACUGUUUUAUUUAUUCAACUGAACGUGAACAUACCGAUAAACCUACAACGAUCUCAACUCAAUACAUCUUCGGCAAACGUCAGUUACUCUCAGCUGUUCGUGAUGUAUUCGAUGCGCUUGAUUCGUCACCUGUUCACAUUCAUUCUGAUGAGUACACAUCGGUGACAGUACAUGAAAGUACGUUCAAUAAACUAUUUCAAGCAAUGAAAUCGAUUAGUUUUAAAUUUCUUGGCUUUACAAUAAAGAUCUCGGAAAUGAAAGCGAUUUUAUCACCGUCGAUAUUUCAAUUCAAAGCUUUAGCCGAACUCAUCGGUGCGCUAGAUAUGCUUCCACAUAUUAAACAAAAUGUGCAUGGUGAAUGUGAAUUAGCUUUGGAUGAACACACCGGCAAACUUUUACUUCAGAUAAAAAAACUUAUCAUCGAACUGCCGAAACUGUUCGGAUUCGGCGGUGGUUCUACGGAUGUUGGCAGUUACAUUCCUCCGAUUCCAUUGAAAGGAUUCAUUAAUUUUACACAUCCAUUCGAUUUACCACAUAUGUGUGAAACAAGACAAUUUAUGAUCAUUCCGCGAAACUCGCGAUUCUUUGUUGAAGAUAAACGUGCAACGCUUUCCGUACAGAUCGACUAUGCAGAAACAUCUACCGAUAAAAAAUAA